UGGUCAGGUAUGUUGUCUUUUUAGUUAUAUUUCUUCCUCAAAACUUAUGGUUUUUUUCCUUUCUGUUCUCAAAUUCAUUUUUUUGGUUUAGACUGAGUUCUUGAAUGUGGCUUAUCUGGUCGAGCUGAAAGCACCACCAAGAAGAAUAGAUCCAUUGAAGCUCAUCGCGCUCAAGGUACCAAAAGGACCACUUAUCGGGAAGCUGAAGAAUGGUGAGGUUGUUCAGUUGCCUGACGGCCGCAAGAUUCUUCCCGAUGAUGUGUUUUCUGAAGAAAGCCCCAAGGAAGAGCGACCGCGCGCUUUGUUCUUUGAAUGUUCUGGAGAAGCCCAUGUCAAAGCUAUUAGCGAGAAUUCUGUCAUCCAGCAAUUCAUCAAUGGGACUAAGUCUAUCGAUCAUGUUGUUCACCUUAGCGAAGAAAACAUCAUCCAAUUACCAUCCUACGCAGAAUUUGUUGCCUCGCUUGGGUCAAACUGUCGACAUAUCGUGGUCAACUCUUCUUGUCCAGUAAUCCCUAGCGUUGAAAGCAUUUACCGGAACCAUCGCUUGCUGAAUCAUAUAAGCCCAGAUUUGUUCCCACCAUUGCAUCCAUUAGCUUGGAGUGGAUUGGUUACUCAAUCUAAUGAACUGGCCGUUAAUUAUGGAGUAUACACCAAAGUAGCUCCGCUACAGCGGUUUUGGAUGAGAAUGGGAGGAGUUGGUGAAGAUCCUAUCAUUGCGGACUUGCGUGAGACUGAUUUGCAACUGACGGAUAAGGCUAAGGAGAUGAUAAUAGAUCUCUGGCAAGUUUUGAGUUUGAUAGAGGAUUUUGGAUUAGGGACUGUCUGCUCAUUUUUAUAUCUCUGUACCUGGUUUCACAUCCAGCAGCUGAUUCUUUCUUUGUACUGA